CUGUAAAAAGUAACCAGAGCACACGCUGUUGAAAAAGCAUGCAUUAAGAACUACAUAUCCCGAAGCAUAUUGCGGAAACUGUAAACAUAGACCUGUCGCUCACACGCCAUCUUGACAGCACCCUCAAAAUGGCAGAGAGAUGCGAGCGAGGGACCGAAAACAGGACUAGAUUACCAAAAUGAAUUGUUUAACAACUAGUAUCGUAUCCCUCGGUCAUGUGGUUGCGGCAUUAGCUGAAAGUGCGUCAGCACAAAGCCAAUAAAAUGGAUUUAACGACGACCGUGUUCAACGCGGCCAGAUAUGGUAAGCUGAAACUUAUACAGAAGUUGCUGAGCAACAAAACUCCAGAGGAGUUGGAGGCUCUAGCUGAGGAGAAAACCCAGGGGGGAACCCCUCUGUUGAUCGCCUCUCGAUACGGACAUUUAGAAGUGGUGGGAUACCUCCUAGAACAAUGUAAGGCUAAUGUUGAACUGGGAGGGUCUGUCAAUUUUGACGGCGAGACCAUCGAGGGAGCGCCGCCGCUGUGGGCGGCCUCUGCCGCCGGCCACCUCCCUGUGGUCAGGGCGCUGCUGAGGCGCGGUGCCUCGGUCAACAACGCAACGCUGACCAACUCGACCCCACUACGAGCCGCCUGUUUCGACGGUCACCUCGAGAUCGUCCGGUACUUGGUGGAACACAGCGCUGACAUGGAGGUGGCCAACCGCCACGGCCACACAUGCCUUAUGAUAUCGUGUUAUAAGGGUCACAAAGAUAUAGCCAAGUUCCUCCUAGAUCGCGGUGCUGACGUCAACCGCAAAAGCGUCAAAGGCAACACUGCCCUCCACGACUGUGCCGAAUCAGGAAGUUUGGACAUCAUGAAGAUGCUGUUGAAAUGUAAUGCGCGCAUGGAAAGAGAUGGAUACGGAAUGACACCGCUGCUGGCUGCCAGUGUGACGGGUCACACUAACAUCGUUGAGUACCUCGCCCAUCAACCUCGCUCUGUAAGGGAAGAACGAAUCGAUGCACUUGAACUGCUUGGGGCCACUUUUGUAGACAAAAAACGAGAUCUCCUCGGAGCAAUGAGAUACUGGAGGCGGGCCAUGGAGUUAAGGCAACCCGGAGACAAAACAGCUUUAUUAGCCAAACCCCUGCCCAGACCUCCAAUCUCUGCGUACAACUGUGCCCAGGAAGUGACCACUGCGGACGAGCUGGAGGCUCUUAUAACAGACCCGGAUGAGAUGCGGAUGCAGGCCUUACUGGUCCGUGAGCGCAUUCUGGGCCCGUCUCACCCCGACACCUCUUACUACAUCCGCUACAGAGGAGCCGUCUACGCCGACUCGGGAAACUUUGAGCGCUGCAUCAGCCUGUGGAAGUACGCCCUUGACAUGCAGCAGAGCAACCUGGACCCCCUCAGUCCCAUGACGGCUUCCAGCUUCUUAUCCUUCGCAGAGCUCUUCUCCUUCGUCCUCCAGGACCGCGCCAAGGGCACCCUGGCGACGCGCAUCACCUUCCACGACCUGAUGUGCGUCCUGGGCAAGAGCGUGCGGGAGGUGGAGCGGGCGGUGGCCCUGAGGGACCACCCGCCGGAGGCGCCGCAGUUCACCAAGGCGCUGUCCAUCAUCCUGCACCUGGUCUUCCUGCUGGAGAAGCUGGAGUGCACGGCGGAGCAGGAGCACCAGAAGAAGCAGACGGUGUAUCGGCUGCUGAAGCUCAACCCGCGCGGCCGCGGCGGCUCCACGCCCCUGCACAUGGCCGUGGACAAGGACACCACGUCCGUGGGCCGCUACCCCGUGGGCCGCUUCCCCUCGCAGGCCGUCGCCUCGCUGCUGCUGGAGUGCGGGGCCGACAUCGACUCGCGAGACCUGGACAACAACACACCGCUGCACGUGGCCGCCGCCAACGGCUGCCCCAAGAUCAUGGCACUGCUCGUGAGCGCCGGGGCGCACUUUGACGCCACGAACGCAAAGCGGAAGGCGGCCUACGAGUUGCUGGAGGAGCAGAGCAGCCCUGGCCACCCGGCGAUCUGCCCCUUGAACUACAUCACCCUCCAGUGCCUGGCAGCGCGGGCGGUGGAGAGGCACAGACUGCCCUACAAGGGGCUUAUCUCGGAGGAGAUGGAGGCUUUCAUUGAGCUGCACUGACCCUUUCACUCCAGCCCCCUCCCUCACCAGCAUCUCUCUUAAUGCCAUCUACCUGUACUAUAAACCGCCUCUCUUCCUGCAUACAAUAAUAUACACUCAAACUCCACUUUUCAUCCCGGCCCUUAUAAGCCCCCCCCCCCCAUUUACCCCUGAGACUAUAUAACGGCAAUAAACAAUCUGCUCUUCGAGUGGAAGUCUGCAGCUUAUACCUGUUCAGUUGCAUCUUUUAUGUGUGCAGGACAUAAACACUAUUAAAGAUUGCUUUAUUUUAAGCUGGCUGAAAGCUUAAUGUUGUACUUGUGUAAGCAAACUGCGACUUAAAUCUUUUUCUAGUGAGUUUGGGAAGCGUGAGAAUUAUGCGAGUGAUAUUUAUUGUAUUGGCUUUCAUGGGAGAAUGAGAUUGAAUGUGAUGCCUUGAUUGGUAGACCUUUGCUCAGAAACGGUAGCCCUGAACCAGAGGGGUGCUUGACAAACACAUGACAUGUAUUGCACGAACGGGGCUAUCGUAUAUUCAUGAAGAAUAACUUGACCUUCAGCAGCAAACGGAGCAAUAGAACACUAUAAUGUAAAUUAGAACAGUCAAGAGCAUCUCAUUAGUUAUAAUCAAGGGUACCAAUUUGUUUGAUACUAUAGAACUGCUUUGACAGCCAGCGGCACUAAAGUUAAAGGGUCACGGUUGUCCCUAACUAAUGCUAAUGCUAUCUCUAGUCUUGCAGCCCAAUGUUUGCUGCAGCUUCUCACUUAUGCACUUUGUUGUUCUCUCUGAGCUGAUCUUUGGGGAGGAGCAGGACAUUUAAAUGUAACCUAAAUCACAAUUCCUCGUACCAGGUUUUAUUGCGUGAGAAGUGAAUUGACAGCACAAAAUCUGGGCAAGUCAGGAUUUUAUUUGGGCAUUGUAGUGGCAAACCAUCACACGUGCCUGUCGUCUUAUAAAAUAGAGCUGGGAACCAACUUUCACUUUCAGCAAGGGCAUCUAAUUCCUGACCGAAGAAGCAGUCCUCUGAUGUGGCUUGGACAGUAACUGAAUAAAAGUAUGCAUUCAUAUGCAUAUGUCAAUAUGAAGUGCAGUUCAGCGAUGCAAAGAGGGCUCGCUAGCCCUGCUUACGUGUUAGUCUUAUCUUUAACUAAUUUAUCAGAUUGUAUUUAAUCGUAUUCUUUCUUCACAGCUUUAUUUUUUUCCAUCUGCAUCUGAAUCAAGCACCACCGGAUGUAAUGGGACACUGAGAUAGUGAAUUUUGAACUUACAGGAAAGCUAUGAAUAUCGAUCGCCUAUCUUUAUUCAACAGAUCAGUGGGUUCAUGGAAAUGGGAACUGAGGAACAAACAAUUCUCGGAGAUACUUCAAUAAAAUUCAGUAUCGAAACCA